AUGGCAGACUACACCGACGAUUCCAUCACCGAGGACAUAUGGGCAUCUCCUGGCCCCGAGGGCAGAGGGGCACCUCCCUCCGAGCGGCCCGAAACCCCUAGAACACCAAAGACACCCAAGACACCAAAGACGCCCGCAAAUCAGACUCACAAUGCCCCAUAUGACAGAGAGGCUUCUUUGCGGAAAGAAUUGGAGGGAGUGCGGAACAUCAAUGCUGCCAUUGAAGGCAUAAUCAGCACCCUUGACAAGGCCAAGGGCAACAUGAAUACUGUUGGCAGCACCGUGUCAAACGCAUCCACACUCCUCAACACCUGGACCCGAAUCCUCUCCCAAACCGAACACAAUCAGCGACUCAUUCUGAACCCUAACUGGCAAGGCGCAAGUAACGACUUGGUACAACUGGAGGCAGAGACUCUACAGAAGCAGCAGCUUGCCGAGAGACGGGCGGCUGAAGAAGAGAGGCGACGCGAAGCGGCUCGGAGGAAGAGAGAGGAGGAAGACGAAGAGCGACAGAGACAGGCGGCAGUCGGCAGCGCACCACGUGGCCGGGGAGUUUCUCGUGGGCGUGUGCGAGGCACCUCAUCGGCAACCCGCGGUCACAGCUACUCGAGUAGCACAUCGAGGAUCGGCAGAGGCGCGGCGAGCGUUCGCGGUGGAUAUCGGGGCCGAGCUAGAGGUACGGAGUAA